UGGAAGCUGUUGUCUGCACAGUGCAAGAAGAGCGGAGGAACGCAGGGAAGGAGAGCAACAAUGACUUAGUUUCCGGGGUUGCACUUCUUGUUGCCUUCAGUUGACUGGAUUCGUGGAACUGGAAUAUUGUUGGUUUUAUGUCGUCUUUCUGAAACACUGAGAAUGUUAUGAGAGUUCAAGGCUUCAGUCUAUUGUAGAUGUCUCGGUACGGAACUGGACUGGCUUGAUGCGUGUGUUCCUGGCUGCUGUCUAUGUGGGAGGUUGGACUGUCUCUGUCCUUGUCCUUGCAGGGACUCAGGCCAUGAGUCAUUGUCUGUGACUACGCUGGCUGUCUUUAAAUCAGGGAGUGUCCCAGCCAGCCGACAUCCAGGAGGAACACGUGGGAGACCCCUACACACACAAUACAGUUCUGGACUUCCUCACAUAUCGCACACACCCUGAGGCAUGGAUACAGUGGUGAAGAAGACUCUGGCGUUGCCCAUUAAGACGCUGUCCAGCUGUGUGACUGGGGUGAAAGAGGAAGAGGUGUGGGUCGUACACCGAGCAAAGAGGGGUGCAGGGGGAGUAAGGAGCCCACCGUCAGGGACGGGGCACUCCAAAGGCCCUCCUGUCAUACGUUCAUACCAAGCUGACCUUGAGAAAGAAAGGAAGUUGAGGGAAGCCCUGAAGGCUCAGAAAAAUGCAGAGAGAUCUGCCAUGAGAACUCACUUCCGGAAGAAGUAUCAGCUGUCCAUGAGCUCCAAGGACACCAUCCACCUGAGUACGGUUGGGGGGAAAGUGGCGCUCCCACGUGAGUUGACUGAAAUGAUUCAUCCAGAGACCCCGGCCAAGGACGAUGGCCACAUCCUGCUGAACGCCUUCCAAGGCCUGAGCUUCAACAAAGGGCUGCUUAGACACACUCAGAGCAAGUCAUCUAUUCCAGGGUCAGCCAAUGGAGAGCCCUGCAAAAUCAUGUGAUCAAUGAGGACAUGCCACGCGGAAUGAACACGCAACAGGCUAAAAACAUUUAACGUGCUGGUAUGAUGUAAAAACAACAUGACAUUUUAACCCCACGUCAACAGCAUCAAGGACUACUGCUCCCUCAGACAACUAUGUGGCCCUUCUUUUCCUCCUCUCUUUGUAUGUUUUUCCUCAGUCUUUGUCCAGUGGUGUUCUUGUGUCUCACCGUUUGACCGUUAUUUCUGUGAACUGUACAGUAGCUGCUGCACUGUCUGUCACAGUUACACCUCUAUCUUGAUACAUCUCAUCUCAUACCCUCUCUUCGUUUUAUCCCUCUCACCUGUAUCUGCCUCUCUCUGUCUGUCUUUCUGUUUGUUUGAUUGUGUCCACUUCGGAUUCUAUCUCUGUUUUUGUCUGUCAUUGUCUCCCUCUGUUUCUGUCACUUUUUCUGUCUCCGGUCUGUGAAGAUAACUUAGGAGAAUUUACAUCUUAAGUGACAUCAUCACUUAUGUCCCUCGCCAUUGGAUAACACAGUCACUGUUACUAUUUGCAUAGAACUGGAAUACUUGACAACUCACUAACUUACUUGAUGAAACUGGGUUGGACCUGUUUUAGAACAUUCAACCCAGUAUUAGGUCAUGUUAACAUCAGCUUAUAAUGCCUUGUUCCCAAUUUAUUCCCCAGAGAUUCUGGAUAUAAUCAUAACCAAAAUGAAUAUAUCGUCUCCAACAAUGGGAAUCAUUGUAUGCAGAGCAAAAUGGCUUAAAAUUGCCUCUGGGCUGUCAAGCUCCUUCGUACUGUGCUCUGGAAUUAUGGAUACAGUUCUUUAACCCUUUUAAAAAUUUAAUGUGUUCGUUAAGUGGCAAAGCUGAUACAAAGUAUAUAUUCUCAAAGUCGCCGUGAUGUCACUUCCAUUAAACAUUGGUAGUCUUGUGAAAAACUAUGCAGUGAUCAUCCUCUCAGCACUUCAUCCUCCCUUGUUACAUUUUUGUAAACAUUUGUUCUAAUUGGUCACGUUUAUAAGCCAAAUUAUUUUCUUUUUUUGUAAUUAUCUUAUUGUCAACAUACUGGAGAGAAGUUGCAGCAACCUGACUGAUGUACGAACCUCUUAAUAAACAGUUUAAGUCAA